GCACACGGAGCUCAGGGUGAAGGAGAUGUUGAGAUCGAAGCCAACCGGAUUGUUCUGGGAGAGCAGCCCACCGAUACCACAGCCAAUGUACACGCGCAUAAAAGAGUGAAGCAUGCGCUGGAGCCUUCUGAGUUGGCGAAGCCGAUAGUGACACACAACAAUGAGUUACAGGGGGUACAAUCACAGCAAACAGGAAAAGGGCAAGCAAAGGAUCAGAUGUUGAGGAAACGAGACAGAGUUAUCCGAAAGCUCUUCCAGCCAAAACUGAUACAUGCGUACGACGCCCACAGCCACAAUCGCGAGGUGAAGGCCGGGUGGACCGAACUAUUCUUUGACCUUAUCUAUGUGGGAGCAUUUACAAAGUAUGGGUAA